CGCGCAGGGAGGGGAUAUAAAGGCGGAGGCCUCAGGCCGGUGAGUGCCAGAGGCGCAGUUUGUCGGUGUGAGCGGGGCUUUUGUUCGCCGAGCGCGCAAAGGAAGAUGUCCGGGCGCGGGAAGCAGGGCGGGAAGGCGCGCGCCAAGGCCAAGUCGCGCUCGUCGCGGGCCGGGCUGCAGUUCCCCGUGGGCCGCGUGCACCGCCUGCUGCGCAAGGGCAACUACGCGGAGCGCGUGGGCGCCGGCGCGCCCGUGUACCUGGCGGCCGUGCUGGAGUACCUGACGGCCGAGAUCCUGGAGCUGGCGGGCAACGCGGCCCGCGACAACAAGAAGACGCGCAUCAUCCCCCGCCACCUGCAGCUCGCCAUCCGCAACGACGAGGAGCUCAACAAGCUGCUGGGCAAGGUGACGAUUGCGCAGGGCGGCGUGCUGCCCAACAUCCAGGCCGUGCUGUUGCCCAAGAAGACUGAGAGUCACAAAGCCAAGAGCAAAUAAACCAGGCGGGGGGAAGCGUCCCGAGCCCAGAAGCGAAACCCAAAGGCUCUUUUCAGAGCCACCCACAGCGUCGAGAAAGAGCUCGAGAUGCUGCGCAGCAAGUGCCAAGAAGGGAGGAGGGAAGGGAAGGACGCCUGGGGUUGUCUUUGGGUGUGUGUCUUUGCCGUAGCCAGCCCGGGCCUGUUCUGCCGGGCUGCGUUUUCCUCGUGGGCCGGGAUCGGUCGCAGCACUGUGUCCCCGGCGCGUGGGGAGCUGCUGUGCUGGGACGAAGGCGGGACGAGGGAAGCGCGGAACGUCCCGGAGCCUAUCGUGGCCCGCGCGGGCUUUUGGAAAUGGGCCGGGCGCUUAACCCUCUGUGGCCACGGGCCUGCUGCGCUUCCCCGGUCGCCGGCGCCGCCCGUAAGAGCGUUACUAUAGGCCCUGCAAAUGGUUCUCGUGUUCCCUUUCACACACGGGCGGGAGAAAGAAGGGAAAAAUUGCUGCGGAGCCUUGGGGAGAAUUUAUGCAUAAUCGCAGCUUCCCUAAAUUUUCAUAGAAGAACUGCUACAGUGUCUGAAAGGGGGAGGCAUUCUAAACGCUAAAACCACAACAGACAAAUCCGAACACACAGCAAUACAGCUCUUUAAGGAAAAGGUGGGUGGCUCUCAAAAGAGCCUUUGGGUUUUGGU